AUGCAUUUCUCUGCUUCCACUCUUACCUCGCUGCUGGUCGGCUUUGCGCUGUCUUCGACGGCAAUCGCCCACCCUGUCUUGGCCCGAGCCACGGAUACUCUCACCGAGAAGCCGUACAGCGAAUUUCAGGUCUCAGACGGAGUCGCUGGAAAUGCGUUGGCUGAAGUCAAUGCCCAGUUUCCCGUCGACCAGAACAACCUCGCCGGCGUCUCGGAUAACGAUCUCCAAAUCAUCGCUAAAGCAGCCCAGCUGGGCGAAUCUGCCGAGACUGCAAGCGGCGUAGGUUUCGACGACGCUAUUGAUGCCGCCGGUGGCCAGGAGACCACGGCCGGCCAGGCCCUGCAGAAUGGAAAGAUCAAGAACAAGAUCUUGAAGCUGCAAACCGAUAUUCUCCGCAUCCAGAUUGAGACUGCGCAAGGGAACACUGAAUCGACGAGCGACUUGGCUGGGCAGCAGUCCAAGUUGGCGGAGGAUGUUGCAACUGAUGAGGCAGCGGCGGGAGAGGCCUCUACGAGCGUCAAUUUCACUGGAACCGAUUAA